UCGAACACUUCUUUGUUUCUUUGUUUCUCUCUCUCUCUCCAAAUGUUGUCAUCAACAGGUGGCGAAGAAGCCAACUUGAGCAGCGGCAACAAUAACAAUAACAGAGUCUCGUCUUCGUCUUCAAAAUCCUCAUCAACCUCUUCGUCUCCAUCACCCUUCUCGCCAGCUUCGUCUGUGCUCCCAACCCCAAGAGGCAAAAAUAUGGAAGAGGUCUGGAAAGACAUCAAUCUUGCUUCUCUCCAUGAUCAUCCCUCCCGAGAGGAUCUCUCUGUGCUCCCACGUCCCCAGAAUCCUCACGCCAGCUUCCGAGGUGUGAUCCUCCAAGACUUUCUCGCUCGACCCUUCAACAAGGAGCCACCCACCAGUGUUGCUUCUCUUGACCAGUCCACCGUCACCGAGGCCCGCAUCUACGGUUCUCUGCCGCCGCCUCCGGCCACUGUUUUGAGCUUGAAUUCGGGGCCUGAGUUCCACUUUCUUGAAAGCUCACACCCGGCGAGGCCACACUCGCAUUUGGUACAACACAACCCCAUUUCAAAUGUUGCUUCCUUCAGCGCUCCUUUUGAUGCUUUAGCUUCCUCUACCGGCUUGACCUCAUUUGGGAAGAAGAGGUUCUCGGAAUCCGACAACAAUUCCUGCGAUCGACGGCAUAAGCGUAUGAUCAAGAACCGUGAGUCCGCUGCUCGAUCAAGAGCUCGAAAACAGGAACGUAUCUUUCUACCAUCUACCUUGUUUCAUUAUAUAAAAUCAAGAGCUUGCAAUUGUUUUCUGAAGCUAUGCUUUUGUUUUUGUUUUUGAUUUUGAUUUUGAUUGCUUCAUGUUUCCCAUUUUUGGCGAUUCUUAUUACAGGCUUACACGAAUGAGUUGGAGCUUGAAGUUGCCCAUUUGAUGGAAGAGAAUGCCAGACUCAAACGACAGCAAGAACAGUUAACCUCAGCUACAGCCGCUCAACUUCCCAAAAAGAACACGCUCCAUAGAACUUCAACAGCCCCAUUUUGACGAGUAUCAGUGCUUUUCUUUCCCUUAAUCACCUCCCCCAGCACAAUUCUCAGAUGGGAGAGAGUGUUGAUGGGUGUGGAUGUUUUGUUGGCUGAUGAAUCUCUCUACUAUUGGAUAGUUUUUCUAGGAAAGAACCAAGAGGGAAUGAGAAAAGAAAUGUUUUGGCAUUUCCAAACAAGUAGGAAUUUUGUUGGGUCUUGUUUUCCUUAUCUGUUUCACUUGUCCAUUGACCUAUCAUCUGUAGUCUUUAUUUUUAUUUUUUUUGGUUUUCUAUGA